AUGUCUUUGCUCGAUUGGUGGAAGAAAGCAUCCUCCCUUGUUCCGAAAUCAUCAUCAAGCAACCGUUCAACAGGUGGUGCUCCUUCUUCUUCUGCUCUCACUCCCAACACUUCGACACAAUCUUCAGUAGUGGAUACAGCAUCACCGAAACCACGUCAGCCUACUACCACCCAAAAUUUACUCGUCCAAGUCUUUAGAUAUUAUUAUAGACAAUAUAAACCUACAGAUCAAACACUCACCCGAUGGAAAUCUGGCAGUAUCAAGUACAUAAUCAAGCCUGGAAGUAUACUAGCAAUUGGUGUGGUUGGUGUUUGGCUUUCCGAUGUGGUUUAUAGAAAGCUUAAAGUUGAAAAAGAGGCUCCAUCAAUAUUUGGCAAGCAAGAAAAGAUUACACCUCAUACUUUAAUUUAUGAAACGGAUUGGUUAUUGACAGAUUCAAUGAUUAUUGAUGAAGAAGAUGAAAAACAACGAAAGCGAAAUAGAAAUGUCAUUCGAGAAUAUUUCUUUGGAUCGAAAAAAGAGGAGCAGACUCCAAUUAACCUCAAUGAGCAACAACAUGGUCACAUAUUGAAAAAGUUUUAUGCCAAGUGGGAUUAUUAUCCAAAUGUUGAUAUUCAUUUACAGCAACAGCAAGAGAGACCUGUUGGCGAUCGUGACAAAAUUAUUCAUCAUGUACAUAUUGAAAAAUUUCACCCAUACAGCAAUAUUCAAAAUGGAUAUUGGUCUACUUUGCUUGAAUAUGCCAUUAUACACAAUGCUGUUGAAAAUGGAUCAGUUUCUCUGAGGCUAGUUAAGGAGCAAAGAGAAACUUUUGCAUCCUACGUUUGGAGAAAGUUGUUUACAAAUCGAGAAUUUGAAACUUGGAGGAACACCAAAUAUUGGUUGCACAAACCAUGGAAUUUAAACGAAAUUCAUCUUGAUUUGCAACAGGAUGCAGAAGUCACCAUACACAAUUUAAAGGACUAUUUGGAAAAUAAUAUUUCGGAUGCAUCGGUUAAGCAAGUUAUUUUAGCGACUAUGAAUUCUGAGAAUAACCUCAAUCUUUCUCCAGAAUUUUUAAAAGAAAAUUAUUAUCUAUAUGUGAGUGACGAGGCUUUCAACGAGUUUAAGAAGAUGGACACAACAAAUUCAACAAUCCGAGUGACCGAACGCUCAGCAAAAAUUGGGGAUGCUCUCUUUUGUGUUGGAACAAGAUCUCAAAAUCCUUCGAGCGACUUGAUUCCUGAUGUUUCUGGGAUUCGAUUUGUCACUCACAAACCUGAACCCAAAUAUAUUGAAGAUUUUGUGCAGCAAGAAAAGAAAAAUCAUUCACCGAUAUGGUGGCGAGCAUUUGUUAUUACUGGCUCGUUAGGAUUUGCCAUUGCUUCCAUCAUUGGAUAG